UCUGUCGUCAUUUUUGUGCGACAGACUGGGAUAGCCGGUGCUGUGACCUAUAUCAACGGAAACCUUACCAGUACUGCUGGAUAAUAUUGACAAUAAAAUUGCAGGCGGUGAGGCUGACAUUGAGCCUUCGGAUGGCAGUGGCGGCGCUGUCCCGAGCUCUGCGCUCGCUGUCUCUCACUUCUGUUUGUGGCGUUGCACAUGGGGUCUGUCGGCCAGCCUCGCUGUGUUCUCAGCAGGCAGUGGGCUUGUCAUCGCCGAGGUCUUCAGUGUUCUCCAGGUAUCUAUUAUACCUUCAAAACAGCACCACAACAGUACAAUGGCGGGGCUUCUUAACGACGGCCCAUUUAGCUCAGAACAGAACACUGUGGAAGCAGACAACCAAGUACACGGUUCGGCCUAUUGGCAUGAAGAAGACCGGAGGCAGGGACCACACAGGGAAAAUCCGGACGCACGGCAUCGGCGGUGGCCACAAGCAGCGAUACCGUAUGGUGGACUUCCAUCGACUACGCUUCGAGCCUGGCAAAGAGAACCAGGUCUUUGAGGAGAAGGUCAUUGAAGUCCGAUAUGACCCUUGCAGGACGGCUGAUAUCGCCUUGGUGGCUGGUGGCAGCCGGAAACGCUGGAUCCUCGCCACGGAAAACAUGGAGGCAGGAGACCUGAUCAAGACCUCCAGUCACAUCGGCCGCAUGGCGGUUGCUGCCAAUGAGGGCGACUCGUACCCGCUGGGUGCCCUUCCUGUGGGCACCCUGGUGAACAGCCUGGAGGUCCUUCCAGGGGACGGAGCCAAGUACAUCCGUGCGGCAGGAACAUGCGGCGUGUUGCUCAGGAAGGUGAACGGAACUGCCAUUGUACAGCUACCAUCCAAGCAGCAGGUGCAGGUGUUGGAGACGUGCAUGGUCACGGUGGGCCGCAUGUCCAACGUCGACCACAACAAGCGCAUCAUCGGCAAGGCAGGCCGCAACCGCUGGCUAGGUAUCCGGCCUUCCAGCGGCAAAUGGAAGAGGAAGGGGGGUUGGGCAGGGCGCAAGAUCAGACCUCUGCCCCCCAUGAAGAGCUUUGUGAACCUGCCCUCUGCUAAGCAGUAGGGAAAUGCCACCGGCCGCAGUCUGGCUGGGGAAACGGGACACUUGGAUGACAGCUGCCAUUCUGCAGAAGGGGGCGUGUCUAAUUUAGACUCCUCCCCCCUUUCUACAUGUAGCUGUCAGGGACAUUGUUUCCAGAUCUGUCUGUGUGAUAUCACCUGUUUAAUAAAUGGUUUUGGGAACGCCAGAGUA